CAAUAAUGCGAGGCUAUCUAGGACCCGUGCCAUUUUUAAUACAGCUGCAUGUACCUAAGUACUUUGAUAUCUUCCAGUUCGACACAGGUCUCCACUUAGCUCAGUGCUACAUACAGCGGAUUGUGAUAUUUUCAUAGCAAAAGCGACAACUACCAUGGUAGUCAGUCAGCGUUGCGACAAUGUUCAUCCUAACAAAGAUUGCCGAUCUGGUACAGAUCAAGCCAGACCAAUUCGAGAAGCCGAGUCAUAUCGCCAUAGAGGAUAGCAUCAACGCCAAGUACUCCAACAAAGUGAUUCAGAAAAUCGGCCUCUGUAUCUGCAUGUACGAUCUCCUAUGGGCUUCUGAGGGUCUUAUCGGUCAUGGAAGCGGCAUGGUUAAUGUCAAUGUCGAAUUUCGCAUGAUCGUGUUUCGUCCCUUUAAGACGGAGACUCUAUUCGGAAGAAUUACCGAAGCUAAUCAAAAUGGAAUCUCCCUUCGCACUGAUUUUUUUGAGGACAUAUACGUUGAAUUCAAGGAACUACCCGAGAACACACAGUAUAACCACGAUGAGAAGGCAUGGAUGUGGCUGUAUGACCCCGAUAGCGAACCCAUGUAUUACGACAAGAACGAGAUGGUCCGCUUCUCAGUAACCGACGAGUCAUGGCAUGACCAGACGCCAGAGAGCACGGAGCAAGAAGCAAUUGAUCAGGCCAAGAAGAGAUCCCCUUACUGCAUUAAAGGUACCAUGAUGAAGGAAGGACUUGGGGUUUGUCUCUGGUGGGGUUGAUCAUGGUAGCUUGCUUCAUUUACAGCAUAUUGCAUGGGACGGCGUUUGGCAGGGGGUUGUAACUUGCAUUUAGGUAUGGCUGAUUAGAUACUCAGCCCUGUGACCUCAUUUAUUUAGACUUGAUACCCUCGAGCAAUCGACCCUCAACUCCGUCCAGAACCGAAUAAUGCUCAACUACAGCAAGGUUUUCAGCCUCCGUCUUGAACUGUUUAUCGGGGUCUACACCAGGGCCAAACAUUUGAGGGUUCUGGGCACCCAUUCCUGCCAUCUGCUGAGCCAUUUGAUUUGCGGCUGGUCUGUGAUUAGUUCAUGUGAACCCAAAAUCGAUACCACUCUAAGUGAACUUACCAUUCUCAUUCCCAAGCAAGAAG